AACAUUUGCAACCGAAAUUGCAUUAGACGGACCCAAUCAAAAAACUUUAUGUGGACGUGGAUGGACGGAUCAAAACCGAGAGUAUUUUAGAAGUAAUAAAAGAAACAAGUUGGGGAAAAAAAAACGCACAACAACCCGGCCCAAAUUCAACACAAACCACACCAUGGCGGACAGCAGCAGCCUCCCCGCCCCUCCUCCUUCCUCGAGUCCACGGGACGACGAGGCCACAGCGCGGUUGCUCACUCUGCUAUUGGUCGUGAUCACCAUUAUAGGAUGUGCGGUGGCCUGCGUGGUGGCCGCCCUGUGCUUGAGGGUGAAGCAGACCUGGCACAACAACAAGGAGCGCCGGCGGCUGACGAAGCGCGUGGUGUGGCUCCGCGACCUGCUGCAGCUGCUACCAUCAUCGCCGGCCGAGGAGGAGAAGAAGGGCGGCGCCAGCACGACGACGGCCACUACAGCGCAAGCCGUCAGGACGGUGCUGGCGAGGAGGAUAGAGGCAACGGUGAGCAAGGUGGACCGCCUCGUGGCGUCCAUGUCCAUGUCCAUGUCCAUGAGCACCUGCUGCUGUCUCUUGGGCUUCGCCAGGAGCUACGAGAUGGCCAGGAGGCUGGAGCGCGCCAACAAGGACGUCGACGAGGUGUACACCCACUUGCUCCCCGUCGUCACCCAGAUCGACGCUACGCAUCGCGUCGAGCAGGUGCUCGUCGGAGUCAUGCAGCGGCAGCAGCAGCAGCAGCAGGGUGGGCAUACUGCGAACAAGAACAAUCAUUCGGACGCCCAGCGGCCCGCAAGAGCAAAUGAAAGCAACGAGUUCGAUUGGCAACCACUACUAUCCGAGAAGAAUGACGACCAGGCAUCAACAGUUUCAGGAGGGGCAGCUUUUGAAAUAACGGUGGACCGCUGAGAUCGCGAGGCUGAUAAUCAGUAUGGCUUUGGCUAGCCCAUUGGCCAGAUCAGAUCGAUAACAUGCAUACGGCUGGAACCGGAACUAUGGUUAUUAUAUCCUCUUAAAGAAACACUUGUGCCCCGGCACAUAUAUGUUCGCGAAAAAAAGAACUGUGAUUAUUACAAUUUUCCUUCGGUCAACAUAAAAGUAUUACAAUUUUCCUUCGGUCAACAUAAAAGCUUGAUGUGAGCCAAGGAGAGCCGCAAACAAGUCAUUAACAUGGUCUGAAACGUCAACCAUGAAGUUGAUGGGAGCCAGUAAUUUUUCUAGAUA